AGCCAAGCAGUCAAACGGGCCCUGAGAAGGUGGAGCUUUUCGCCUUUCUUUUUUUCCAGGGAGACACGGUGGUCUGCCUUUGAGAUGGGAGGGAGGGACUAACUACGGCACGGAGCCUUCUUCUCGUUUCUCUCUCAUCCUUCUUCACACACACACACAUACAUAUAUUAAUAUAUAUACAUGUCUGUUCUAUAGAUUCAGCGCCUUCAAAAGUAGGAAGAAUCCCAACAUGAGAGAACCCUCGUGAAUUCGCACGGUUCAAUCCGCCCUCGAUUCCAAUUUCUCCCUCCUUACCUGUCUAUUUCAAUGUAGACGCCCCUCUCUCCCUUUCUCUCUCUCUCUCUCUCUCUCUCUUUCGGUCCAUGUAUUGUUCGUGUUUUUUUUGGUUUGGUUUUGAAUUGUUGCGAUUGGUUCUGAAUCGUGGGGUGAUUUGAAUCUGGAAAAACCCGGCAUAUGAUGCUUUGUUCUGCAUUAACAAGUCAGAUACAGUCGUGGCUUCGUGAUUACGAUAGGAUUCAAUUCCUCGCCGUUGUUCUCAUCUACAUUCAGAUUGGUUGCGCAUUGAUUGGAUCUCUGGGAGCCCUGUACAACGGAGUGUUGCUGAUUAAUUUGGCAAUUGCGUUGUUUGCUUUAGUAGCAAUUGAGAGUAGCAGUCAGAGACUUGCCCGGACAUAUGCUGUUCUUCUCUUCUGCGCAGUUUUGCUCGACAUCGUCUGGUUCAUUCUCUUCGCCCAUGAAAUUUGGAACAUUUCUUCUGAGAUAUAUGGAACCUAUGUUAUAUUUUCAGUGAAACUCACCUUCUCCAUGCAAAUCGUUGGGUUCGUCGUAAGGUUAUUUUCCUCAUCAUUAUGGGUUCAGAUGUACAGAUUGGGUGUUUCAUACGUAGACAGUUCGGCUCCGCGAGAAGCAGAUUUUGAUUUGAGAAAUAGUUUUCUAAGUCCUGCGACUCCUGCUGUAGUUAGAAGUUCUGGUUGUGAUGAUGCUUUAGGAGGCUCUAUUUAUGAUCCAACGUAUUACUCAUCCCUCUUUGAAGAUGGUCGGGACAACAGUCAUUUAUAUGCGGGUCACAACCCUGGCAUUGGUUCUGGUGUGUCUACACCUAUCAGCGAAGCUUCUGAACUGAAGCUAUCCAUAGGCAGAUCUUCUCCGGCUUUGAAGGAUGAGAAUGCAGUAACCAAGUUUCAGAGCUUUUGAAUUCGAUCAAGUGAAGUCAAAUUUAGCUUAGCAUCUACUCCCCACUUUUUUGUUUAUUUAUUUAUUGAUCCAGAUACCAUUUCUAUAAAAAGACUCAAUUCAGCAGCGGGUUAUGUAUGAAAGAAGUGAGUUUUUGUACAGUUACCCAGUUAUAGCAUUCUUUUCCAGGACAAAAGAUCGCGAUCCCAUAGUCGUAAAGCAGAACCAGUCAGAUGUCCCUUUAACUUGUAAGUUGUAACGAUGCCGAUAAUGAGAACAAAGUUUUCCCUGCC